GCCCGCGCCCCCAGGGAGGGAGCGGGGGACAUGUUGGCACGUCGUCCGCGCUGACAAGGAGCUCUGGACGAUCAUCUCCCGACAGUGUCGGGAUGGAUGUAGGCCGGACAAGACCGGCAACAGACCGCUGGACGAACUCGUCAGGGACAACUGGGCAGACCCCAUGGUCAUGCUCCAUCUCCUCCCAGUCCAGCCGGCGGAGCGCGGCCGAUCAGGCAAGAGUAUCGGCCGUGUCCCGAUCGGUAGCACUCCCGAUCGUAGCCGCAGCACGGCAAGCAAGGGCAAGAAAGGCAAAGGCAAGGGUAAAGGAAAGCCCACAGGGAAGAAGCACGACAACGCAGAGCGUUCUAAGCCCCCCAGCAUGCCUAAAGAGCUGCGCCACCUGAACAGUGUUUCCAGGUCCGGCAGGCGUUUCUGCUACGGCUUCAAUCUGCAGUGCGGAUGCGACCUGGUUGUCUCCGGAUCCCCGCCGCAGUGCGACCGGGGCAUGCACCAAUGCAUGAGCUGCGGCAGCUCAGAUCACGGGGCUGCGGACUGCCCAAAAGUUGCGAGGCUCAGCGAGCCGUGCCCACCGCCUUGCGGGGCAGAGGCACCGCCAGUGGCGGGGCCACAUCUGCUCCUGGCAGAACAACAGUCUUCGCCAGCAGAUGUUGUGUUGCAGCAGCCUGCGUCACCUCCCCCGCAGUGCCGGCGCUUAAGACCCCCACUUUUUGUCGAGGUUUUCUGUGGCCUUGGCAGGCUCAGCAAAGCCGCUGUGGCCAAGGGUUUCACGAACAUCGCGGUGGAUCACAGGUGCAAGGCCAGAGGCCUGAAAGCCCUCCAGCGGGACCUUUGUACCAAGACUGGUAGAAGUUUGCUGCGAGCAGUGCUUCAGCACGAAGACCUGCGCUGGGUUCACUGGGCGCCACCGUGCGGCACCUUCAGCAGGGCUAGAGAAAUCCCCAGGCCAGGUGCCCCUCCGCCUUUGCGCAGUGCGCAACGACCGGCAGGCCUCAAGAACCUCAGCGGGGUCGAUGCAAUCCGCGUUCGCAGUGCGAACAGUCUUGUGUCAUUCAUGGCGUCCUGCUGCCGCUCGCUGUCUCAGAGAGACGUUUGCUGGAGCAUCGAGAAUCCAGCCCGCAGCCUCUUAUGGCAGUUGCCGUGCCUCAAGCACCUGGUGCACUCGACCGACAGAGUGGAGUUCGACGCAUGCAUGUUUGGUAGCAUGCGCAAGAAGAGGACGGCAGUGCUGUCCAACAAGUCGUGGUUUCAGGGCCUCGCACAAGACUGCAGUGGCGGUCACCGCCACCUUCCAUGGGGAAAAACGUCAGUCGACGGUGUCUCGUUUUGGUCCACAGCGAUGGAAAGCGCCUACACCACGCAGCUCAGUAGUGUCUGGGCCAGUUUGGCAGCGGAGCAGUGCUCCGAACAGCUGCUCAGUUCGCCCAUGAGCAGGAAGCGUAAGCGCAGGCUGCGUUUUGAGCCAGACUUCAGCGAUAAGCUCACGCUCGAUGGCGACGCAGCUCGUUGCUUCAAGGGCUGGAAAACCCCGGCUAAGAUCCCCCAGUCCUGGACAUGCUUCCCCAAAGGCUCUAAGCUGGUCCAGUGGAUCGAAGCCACACAGCAAGCCGUGAUCAGCAUACCACUGCAGCCGUUGCAGUGGGUGCGCAGAGCGUACCUUAUUGCUCAUCCCAGCCUAGAUGCUGAGGAAGUGCCGUUGUGCAUAAAGAAUGCGGUCUCAGCGGAGGUCCACGAACCGCCAGCAGUGUUGGCGAAGCGACGUACAGUAGCCAGCAUGCAGCUUGCCAAGCUGUGCACAGAGUGCACCACAUUAGAAGAGACAGUUCGCAAUGGUUUUCCGCUCGUAGGUUGGCUGGAGCCCAGCGGGCUUUGGCCCUCUCAGAUUCUGCCGCCUUCUCUUACCCCUCAAGCCUUGCUUGACAACGCGCUCAGCAUUGGCAUGUCCGGAGUCCGCAGUGCGCUCCGUGGUAAGGGUGACGACGUCUCUGCCAAAGUUUGGCAGACCACAUGCGAGGAGUGCUCGCAAGGCUGGCUUACCAUCGAGGACUUUCAGCAGGCCAGCCUGGUCAACACCGUCGUGUCGUCCAGGUUUGGCUUCGUGCAGAAAGGGAAAGUUCGCCCUAUAGACAACUUCAAGAGCAGCUUCAUAAAUGCUUGCUGCGGCACGACUGAAAAAGUCCAGGUCGACAGUGUCGACCAACUACUUGCCGUAUGCCUGGAAUGGCUGCGCCAGGGCACCCCAGAGUGUCCCGAGCAGCGCAUCGUGGGACGCACGUGGGACUUGAAAAGUGCUUACAAACAGCUUGCAGUGCAAGCUGAGCACAAAAAGUUUGCGUGCAUAGCCAUGCUCGAUCCGCAGAGCGGCAAAGUGAAGUUAUAG